AUGGCAACCAAACCCCAACACUCCUCGGGGCCUGCGGCUGCUCUACAAGUUGCACAGCAAGCCUCCACGAUACUCGCAAAGUCGGCCUCUGUCAGCGCAAAAUUCCCUAAUUCUUUAUUCAGUCGCCCAGAGACCCCCGAAUUAUGGACCGAGCUCGAACAGUUACUCUACGCCUGCCUGCGCACCGGAGAUGAUAAGUCAGCGUUUCUGUGCUUGGAGAAGUUGACCCAGAGAUUUGGUGCCGAUAAUGACCGGGUAAUGGCCCUAAGAGGGUUGUACCAGGAAGCGGUAGCAGAGAAUGAGGAGGCUCUUCAUGGAAUACUGCAAGAUUACAAUCAAAUACUCUUGGAAAAUCCAAUGAAUGUACACAUCCACAAGCGACGGAUCGCCCUGAUUAAGGCCAUGGGACGACGUCAGCAGGCCAUUGCCAAUUUGGUGGACUUUCUCGACUCUUUCCCCACCGAUGUCGAGGCCUGGUCGGAAUUGAGUGAACUGUACUACACGGAAGGACUGAUUACCCAAUCCAUUUUCAGCCUGGAGGAGGCUGUGAUCAUCACACCCAAUGCGUGGAAUCUCCAUGCACGACUUGGAGAGCUCCAUUAUAUGGCUAGCUUGUCAUCCUCAGACAGCGUAGAGGUGCAGAAGCAGCUCACCCAAGCGAUUCAACGAUUCAGCCGAAGUAUCGAGUUGUGUGACGACUACUUGCGGGGUUUUUAUGGACUCAAGCUUGCAUCUGAUAAGCUUUUGCAGACGUCUAGCUCAACCAAGGGUGGCUCCACAGCAAGCAUCAGUGUAGAGAAGGUCCAGAAGUUGAACCAAUUGGCUACGUCGAAGCUCGAGACAAUGGUGAAGCAGAGAGCAGCAAACCGGUCACCAGGAAUCGACCAGUCAGGAGUUGUAGCAGCGCAAGAACUGUUGAACCGAUCCAAGGGGUGA